GGGGCGGGGCGGUCGCGGAGCCGGCUGGGGGGCGCAAGAAGCAGAAUAUCGGUGACCUCGCCGACGAAACCGAAGGAGCCGCAGCUCGCGCAGAGGGCGCGCUAGGCGCCAGAGAUAUGCAGGCCGCACUGAUGGUCUUGCUCCAGAUGGCGCGCCAACGCGCAGCAGUUAUGGGGCUCGGCGGCGCCAGAGGGGCGCGGCGCGAUCGCGCCGGCGCAUUCGGCGCUGAAGGCCAGAUUCGCGCAGAGGUCGCGCACCUGGCGACAGCCAGACCCGGCUUGGAUCCGCUUCGUUUGCGCAUCGCGCUCGCCGCGUGCAGAUGUCGGUCGGGCUGUCUUUCGGGCUCUAACUGGGCGCGGACGGACCGCCCAGCAGCGCGCUUGGCAGUAGAUGCGCUCUACAAGAAUCUCAUUUCAGGGGCCUCCGCUUCGAAGCUCGGGAUGAUGACCUGGCGCUUUCGUUUCGAGAAGUGCCGCGGCGGCGAGUGCGCUCGGGCGCAGUUCCCAGUCGCCGACCAGCCGGGCGCGAACGCGCUGUCGAAGGCCAACAAGCACCUGAUGGAGUCCAUGAGCUGCAAGCUGAAGAUCGGGGCGGGCCCUCAGAGGCUCUUGGAGGCGCCAGCGCAGAAGCUCAUCGACAACGCCAAACCCAAGAGCCAGGACAAGCAAG